GCCGGAGCAGCUGGUUUCCAGUGGUGAAAUCCACUCCUCGGGGGAUGCGGCCAAUCUCUAAGCAAGCUGGGCCGCAACUUCUGAGCCUUUUAGGGUGCAGGCCGAGGCGAGGCCGCUACCCUUGGCCUUGUAGAUCUCCUGACAGCGCUUGUGGCGAAAUGUAAAUGAGCAGAGAUGGAUCAGGAGGGUGGGGGAGAUGGGCAGAAGGCCCCGAGCUUCCAGUGGCGGAACUACAAGCUCAUCGUGGAUCCUGCCUUGGACCCUGCGUUGCGCCGGCCUUCCCAGAAGGUGUAUCGCUAUGAUGGGAUUCACUUCAGUGUCAAUGAUUCAAAGUAUAUUCCAGUUGAAGACCUUCAAGAUCCUCGUUGCCACGUCAGGUCCAAAACCAGAGACUUUUCCCUCCCGGUCCCUAAAUUUAAGCUGGAUGAGUUCUAUAUUGGACAGAUCCCGUUGAAGGAAGUGACCUUUGCAAGGCUGAAUGACAACGUGCGUGAGACCUUCCUGAAGGACAUGUGCCGAAAGUAUGGCGAAGUGGAGGAGGUGGAGAUCCUUCUUCACCCUCGCACUCGCAAGCACCUGGGCCUGGCCCGUGUGCUCUUCACCAGCACUCGGGGAGCCAAGGAGACUGUCAAAAAUCUCCACCUUACUUCCGUCAUGGGCAACAUCAUCCAUGCCCAGCUUGACAUCAAAGGACAACAGCGAAUGAAGUACUAUGAACUGAUUGUCAACGGCUCCUACACUCCGCAGACAGUGCCCACCGGGGGCAAGGCCCUGAGUGAGAAGUUUCAGGGUUCCAGUACAGCUGCUGAGACGACUGAAUCCCGCCGCCGAUCCUCUUCCGACACAGCUCCCUAUCCAGCAGGCACCGCUGUGGUGGGCACCCCUGGCAAUGGCACCCCCUGUUCCCAGGACACAAGCUUCUCCAGCAGCCGACAGGACACCCCAUCUUCUUUUGGCCAGUUUACCCCUCAGUCCUCGCAAGGAACACCUUACACGUCUCGGGGCAGCACUCCCUAUUCUCAGGACUCUGCCUACUCCAGCAGCACUACUUCCACCUCCUUCAAGCCCCGGCGAUCAGAGAACAGCUACCAGGAUUCCUUUUCCCGCCGCCAUUUCUCUGCUUCCUCAGCCCCCACCACCACCUCUGCGGCCAUCUCCGCCACCACUGCAGCCACCGCCACAUCCUCCUCAUCUUCUUCAUUGUCCUCAUCCUCCUCGUCCUCUUCUUCCUCGUCUUCUCAUUUUCGAGGUUCUGACUCAAACUAUCCAGCAUAUUACGAAAGCUGGAGUCGCUACCAGCGCCAUGCUUCCUACCCACCCCGCCGGGCACCUCGGGAGGAGCCUCCUGGGGCCCCUUUUGCUGAAAACACAGCUGAGCGCUUCCCACCUUCCUACACCUCCUACUUGCCCCCUGAGCCCAGCCGGCCCACUGACCAGGACUACCGGCCUCCUGCCUCAGAGGCUCCACCUCCAGAGCCUCCAGAACCUGGUGGAGGUGGGGAUGGCGGGGGUCCCAGCCCCGAGAGAGAAGAAGCCCGGACCUCCUCGCAUCCACCCUCGCCGGCCCGUUCUGGCUCUCCCGCUCCGGAGACUACCAAUGAGAGUGUGCCCUUCGCUCAUCACACCAGCCUGGAUUCCCGCAUUGAGAUGCUGCUGAAGGAGCAGCGCUCCAAGUUUUCUUUCCUGGCCUCUGACACAGAGGAGGAGGAGGAGAACACCAGCACGGGCACUGGGGCUAGAGACACAGGGAGUGAGGUGCCUUCUGGGUCAGGUCACGGGCCCUGCACACCCCCUCCAGCCCCAGCUAACUUUGAGGAUGUGGCACCUGCAGGGAGUGGGGAACCAGGGGCUACCAGGGAGUCCCCCAAGGCCAACGGACAGAGCCAGGCUUCUCCCUGCUCUUCUGGAGAGGACAUGGAGAUCUCUGAUGAUGAUAGGGGUGGCUCGCCCCCUCCGGCCCCAACACCGCCACAGCAGCCUCCACCCCCUCCUCCACCCCCGCCCCCUCCUCCUCCUUACCUGGCUUCACUUCCCCUUGGAUAUCCUCCCCACCAACCUACCUACCUCCUCCCACCCCGGCCUGAUGGUCCGCCGCCCCCUGAAUACCCCCCACCUCCUCCUCCACCACCACCCCACAUCUAUGACUUUGUGAACUCCCUGGAGCUGAUGGAUCGACUUGGGGCUCAGUGGGGCGGGAUGCCCAUGUCCUUCCAGAUGCAGACCCAGAUGUUGACCCGGCUCCACCAGCUGCGACAGGGCAAGGGAUUGACUGCAGCCUCUGCUGGUCCCCCUGGUGGGGCCUUUGGGGAGGCCUUCUUACCGUUUGCACCUCCCCAAGAGGCAGCUUAUGGCCUGCCCUAUGCUCUGUAUACCCAAGGGCAAGAGGGCCGAGGGGCGUACUCCCGGGAGGCCUACCACCUGACUUUGCCUAUGGCGGCCGAGCCCGUGCCCUCCUCCUCAGUCUCAGGAGAGGAGGCCCGGCUGCCUCCCAGGGAGGAAGCAGAGCUGGCAGAGAGCAAGACCUUGCAGUCAGCAGGCACUGUGGGCCGUGUCCUGGCCACCCUGGUCCAGGAGAUGAAGAGCAUCAUGCAGCGUGACCUCAAUCGCAAGAUGGUGGAGAACGUGGCCUUUGGAGCCUUUGACCAGUGGUGGGAGAGCAAGGAGGAGAAGGCCAAGCCAUUCCAGAACGCAGCCAAACAGCAAGCCAAGGAGGAGGAGAAAGAGAAGAUGAAGCUUAAGGAGCCAGGUCUGCUGUCCCUCGUAGACUGGGCCAAGAGUGGUGGUGCCACAGGCAUCGAGGCGUUUGCCUUUGGUUCAGGACUACGAGGGGCCUUGCGGCUACCUUCCUUCAAGGUAAAACGGAAAGAACCAUCCGAAAUUUCAGAAGCUAGCGAGGAGAAAAGGCCUCGACUCUCCACCCCUGUGGAAGAGGAUGAGGAUGACCCUGAACGAGAAAAGGAGACUGGCGAGUCAGGACGUCCAGGAGCCAAGCCCACAAAGCGAGAUGAGGAGCGCAGCAAGACUCAGGGCAAGCACCGGAAGUCCUUUGCUCUGGACAGUGAAGGGGAAGAGGCGUCCCAGGAAUCUUCAUCAGAGAAGGAUGAAGAGGAAGAUGAGGAAGACGAGGAAGACGAUGAUCAAGAAGAAGCCAUGGACAACACUAAGAAGGAGAUAGAGGGAUCAGAUGGCGAGGAUGAGGAAAGCGAUUUGUCCUCCAAAUGUUCUCUGUAUGCUGACUCAGAUGGUGAAAAUGAUAGCCCAUCGGACUCUGAGAGUGGCAGCUCAUCCAGCUCCUCAUCUUCCUCAUCCUCUUCCUCAUCAUCCUCGUCAUCCUCCUCUUCCUCAUCAUCCGAGUCCUCGGAAGAGGAGGAGGAAGAAGAGCAACCGGCAACCAAAUCGUCAGCCUCACCACCCCCUAGAGAAGUCCCAGCACCGCUCCCUGCACCUGCAGAAGAGCCCAAGCCAGAGAGAGCUGCAGGCUCCCCAGUCACACCGCUUCCCGAACAGGAGAAGUCUCCGACGAGACCUGCAGCUUCCACUGAGGAACCACCUUCCAGUGCACCCCAGCCUCCCCCAGAACCACCAGCGGGACCCCCCGCUCCUGCCCCACGCCCUGAGGAGCGCCCUUCGUCUCCGAUCCCCUUCCUCCCUCCACCCAAGAAACGCCGGAAAACUGUCUCCUUCUCUACCGUGGAAGAGGCACCAGCCCCUGAACCUCCCCCAGUUGUCCCGCCCCAGGCCAAGUCUCCUGCCCCAGUCUCUCGCAAAGUCCCCCGGGGUGUGGAGCGAACCAUUCGCAACCUGCCCCUGGACCACGCGUCUCUGGUCAAGAGUUGGCCCGAGGAGGUGCCCCGAGGGAGUCGGAACCGGGCUGGAGGCCGAGGUCGCUGUGCUGAGGAAGAAGAGGCUGAGCCAGGAACAGAGGUGGACCUGGCAGUGCUGGCUGACCUGGCCCUGACCCCAGCCUUAAGUGGGGUGGCGGCCCCACCUGCUGCUGACGACUCAGAGGCCACUGAGACGGCAGACGAGGCAGACCGCCCAGGCCCCCCACUCAGUCACAUCCUCCUGGAGCACAACUAUGCCCUGGCCACCAAGCCCAGCCCCGCCAUGCUGGCCCUUCGGCCCCCAGAGCCGACUCCUGCCCCCGUGGCCCUCUUCAGUUCCCCUGCCGAUGAGGUCCUGGAGGCCCCCGAGGUAGUGGUGGCUGAGGCAGAGGAGCCAAAGCAGCAGCAACAGCAAGAGGAGGGUGAAGAGGAGGAGGAGGAGGAGGAGUCUGAGUCAUCCGAGAGCAGCAGUAGCAGCAGCAGUGACGGGGAAGGGGCCCUGCGACGGCGCAGCCUCCGCUCCCACACCCGGCGCCGCCGGCCCCCGCCGCCACCCCCGCCACCCCCACCCCCACCCACGUUUGAGCCUCGCAGCGAGUUUGAGCAGAUGACCAUCCUGUAUGACAUUUGGAACUCAGGCCUGGACUUAGAGGACAUGAGCUAUCUGCGGCUAACAUAUGAGCGGCUGCUGCAGCAGACAAGUGGAGCCGACUGGCUCAAUGAUACGCACUGGGUCCACCACACCAUCACCAACCUGAACACUCCAAAGCGCAGACGGCGGCCCCAGGAUGGGCCCCGCGAGCACCAGACGGGCUCAGCCCGCAGCGAAGGCUAUUACCCCAUCAGCAAGAAGGAGAAGGACAAGUACCUGGAUGUCUGUCCUGUCUCGGCCCGGCAGCUGGAGGGAGCGGACACUCAGGGGACUAACCGUGUGCUUUCGGAGCGCCGGUCUGAGCAACGUCGGUUGCUAAGUGCCAUUGGCACCUCGGCCAUCAUGGAUAGUGAGCUGCUGAAGCUGAACCAGCUCAAGUUCCGGAAGAAGAAGCUCCGAUUUGGCCGGAGCCGGAUCCACGAGUGGGGCCUGUUUGCCAUGGAACCCAUCGCAGCUGAUGAGAUGGUCAUCGAAUAUGUGGGUCAGAACAUCCGCCAGAUGGUGGCCGACAUGCGGGAGAAACGCUAUGUGGAGGAGGGCAUUGGCAGCAGUUACCUGUUCCGAGUGGACCAUGACACCAUCAUUGAUGCUACCAAAUGUGGCAACUUGGCGCGGUUCAUCAACCACUGCUGCACGCCCAACUGUUACGCCAAGGUGAUCACCAUCGAGUCUCAGAAGAAGAUCGUCAUUUAUUCCAAGCAGCCCAUCGGUGUGGAUGAAGAGAUCACCUAUGACUACAAGUUCCCACUGGAGGACAACAAGAUCCCCUGUUUGUGUGGCACUGAGAGCUGCCGGGGCUCCCUCAACUGAAAUGGGGCAGCACUGGUGCCCACACCCCUAUUUAUUCUCCCACGGUGCCCUGAGCUCCCCAGCAGCCCCCUCGCCUUAGUGGGUUUGUCAGGGCCCACACGCCUCCAUCUUGAAGUAUGGGGCUGGGGGGCCCUGAGCCCAGCAGGGAGCCUCAAUAACUUGUUAUCCCUGACCCCCCCACCCCAAUUAUUUUCUUUGCGGAGAAGAAGCUGUAAAUGUUUUGUAGCUGCCAGCAGCUGUUUCCUGUGGAAACCUGGGGUGCCGGCCUGUACAGAUCUUGUUCUUGGGGAGCUACACAGCCCCCGUGCUUUGUGUUAACGGGGACUUCCCUUCGUUCCCUGCGUGUAUCCCUCCCCAGUUUAGGGGUCUCUAGGGGCAGUGGCUAUGUUCUCCCCCGGGGGGGCCCUAUGCCCCUAGUCGUGGGGACUCCGUGCCUGGAACCCUGCCUCAUCUUCAGUUCCUGCCAGACCCUGCGGGUCACCCUUCUGCCUUGAUGUCCGAGGCCCCCGGCUUGGCCAGGGUGGUGGGAGGCAGGCCCUUGUUGGGCUGGAUUGUACAUAUGUUAAUAGUGCAAACCCGAUGCCACAUUUUUAUAAUUGUGAUUAAACUUUAUUGUAC